AAUUGUUUUGGCCCCACUCACGAGGCAGAGAUCUUACAACAAUGUUCCACAGCCACAUGCUAUCCUAUAUUACUCCCAGAGAACCACCAAAGGAGGGCUUCUCAUAGCGGAAGCCACUGGUGUUUCUGACACAGCUCAAGGGUAUCCGCAAACACCCGGUAUAUGGACAAAAGAACAAGUUGAAGCUUGGAAACCCAUUGUAGAUGUUGUUCAUGCCAAAGGUGGAAUCUUCUUUUGUCAGAUUUGGCAUGUAGGGAGAGUUUCUAAUCAAGGUUUUCAGCCAAAUGGACAGCCUCCUAUCUCUUGCACAGACAAGCCAUUAACACCCCAAGAUCGAGCCAGUGGUUUUGAUGUUGCAGAAUUUUCACCUCCACGACGAUUAAGUACCCAUGAAAUUCCUGGAGUUGUCAAUGAUUUUAGAAUUGCUGCAAGGAAUGCUAUGGAAGCUGGCUUUGAUGGGGUUGAAAUCCACGGGGCUCAUGGUUACCUAAUAGACCAGUUUAUGAAAGAUCAAGUCAAUGACAGAACUGACGAGUAUGGAGGGUCUCUGGAGAACCGUUGUCGGUUUGCUCUAGAAAUUGUUGAAGCUAUCAGUAAUGAGAUAGGAGCAGAUAAAGUUGGCAUUAGGCUCUCUCCUUUUGCAAAUUACAGUGAAUCAGGAGAUUCAAAUCCUAAAGCCCUGGGUCUUUAUAUGGCUGAAUCAUUGAAUAAAUAUGGUAUUCUCUACUGCCACAUGGUUGAGCCAAGGAUGGUAACUGUUGGAGAAAAAAGCGACAGCCCCCACAGUCUUCUGCCCAUGAGAAAGGCAUUUAAUGGCACUUUCCUUGUCGCAGGGGGCUAUAAUAGGGAAGAUGGUAUCAAAGCUGUGGCUGAAAACCGUGCAGAUCUUGUUGUUUAUGGUCGUUUGUUCUUGGCCAACCCAGAUUUGCCAAAGAGAUUCGAGCUAAAUGCUCCUCUGAACAAGUACGAUAGAGAGACAUUUUACCUACUUGAUCCUGUUAUUGAUCCUGUUAUUGGCUACACUGAUUAUCCAUUUCUUGGAAGCACCAAUUAGACCUUCAAAAGAGAAGGUGAAAUUUGAGGGUGGGAUUAUUCUUGUUUGUUGUUCCUUCCCCUCUCUGUGGUUUUAAUUGUUUUGUGAAAAACGCUUGUGUUAGCAGAAUAAAAGUUGAUUACUCAGCCACUUGGGAAUUGAAAUGGUUGGAUUGUGCAAUGUUAGUAUGUAGCACAUUAGCCAUUCUCUUGGUACAAUAAUCGUAGAAAGAAAUUAGUAUUUGAUAUCAUCCUUAUUUUUGUUUGAGUUCUAUUUGGCAUCGUCUUGAAAAUGUCAUUUUUGUGAUGAUCAAGAAUUGAAAAACAGUAGUGUUUGUUUUAUUGUAGAUGAAAUUGU